CACCUUUACUCUGUCCUACCAAUGAAAGGUCCUGACAGUGUCAAAGGGGUCCCAGAAUCAUGGUUUAUGAGAUGAACAUUUCCUUAGAGAUCAGCUGUUUCCCUUGUUUUACAAAGAAUAUAACUGAGGCCCAGAGGGGGAAAGGGACUUACUUAAGGACACAGGCAUAGAAGGUGUCAUGGCAUAGACUUGAAUUCUGACCCUUUGGCUCCAAACCACCCUUUAUUACUCCUCUUGGACUCCUCUUACCUCUCUUCAUGUGUGGGAGAUUCUGAUACUUGAAUCUCAGUGCCUGACUAGGAAAUGCUCGUUGGAUUAGUGGUCUCUCCCCUUUCCUUUUAAAUUGUGGAUUUUUAGGAAUUUUCUACUCCACUCCCCCCUCCAAGGGCCAACAGUCUUGGUCCAAGGAGUCAUGGAUUAAGAGUAAAAAGGGACCCUGGAAAUGAUCUAAUCUAAGGUGCUCCAAAUGGAUUUUUUUAGCUUUACAGAAUUACAAUAUUUGAGCCUUCCCCAAAGGGUGAAGCAGUUUUCAUCUUUAACACCUUAAAUUAUUCAACUACAGUGAGAACACCUAUUACAAUUUGAAAUCUCUAAAGCCAAGAUCUGUGCUUAUAAUAAUUUUUACAGAAUUUACAGAAGAAAACUUUGUUUUCUUCCAAAUUUUACAAAACCAAAUCAGACAAGCAUUUCCAUAUUCAAAGAAAAAGAAGACUGCCUGGAACUGAAAUCACAAACAUCUUCUAUGUUUUGCUUACUUUUCUUCAUAUAAAUAAUAAUAAUAAUUCAUAAGAAAUCCCAUCCACAAGCUUCUUAGCCCUUCCCCAGCCUCCCCACACCACAGAAGGAAGGUAUCUGUACAUAUAAUUUAAGUCUUUCCUCUUUUCACCUUUCAGCUCACUCUGGAGGUGGCAAUCAAAGUUUAUUCUUCCAGCAUUCGUUCUGUAGCUGAGUAUAAUGUUCUCUUGGUUCUGCUCCUUUCACUGUUCAUUGUCUUGCGACUGGAGUUCUUUUCAAGUUGUUUUUUAAUUAUCCUGUUCAUUAUUUCUUACAGCACAGUGGUAUUCCAUCACAAUUACAUACCACAAUUUAUUUAGCCAUUUCCUAAUUGAUGGGCAUCCUCUCAGUUUCCAAAUAUUUGCCACCCCAAAGAGAGCUGCUAAAAAUAUUUUGGAGCAUAUGGGCUCAUUGCCUUUUCCCCUGAUCUCUUUGGGAAACAGACCCAGCAAUGGUAUUGGUAAUUGGUAAUGAUAUAAUACCAUUUUAAGGGUAUAGACAGAAUUCCAAUUUGCUCUCCAAAUUGUUGAAUUAGUUCCCACUCCACCAACAAUGCAUUUGUGUCCCCACUUUUCCACAUCCCCUCCAACAUUUGUCAUUUUGCCCUUUUAUAAUUUUAUCUGGUCUGAUGGGGGUGAGAGGAUAUUUCAGAAUAAUUUUGGUUGGUAUUUCCUACCAGAGUAGUGAUUUACAGCAUUUUUGUCCACCUACAUAUUACUUUGAUUUCUUCAUCUGAAAUUAUCUUUUGCCCAUUUAUCAAAUUAAAAUUAUCAAUUUAAAAUCAAAUACUGACUGAAAAAAUAUUUACCCCGAGAGUACUGUGGUCAUUCAAAAAUCCUCCCUAGACCUUUUCAGAUAGAAAUUACCAUUGAAUUUCUGCUACACAGCAGGGGGGAAAUGGGAACAGAACCUUUCCUAGAACAUUUAAAAUGAGGGAAUGGAAAGGCCAUUUUUACUGUGGAGGCACCAUUCUGGAGCAUUACACUUUCUAUCACUGUGGAGCCUUUCUCCCCAUUUGCCAGAUAGAAUGGAGGUGCUCCAUAAUGAUUUCAGGACACAAGCAAGAUAGGGCAGACCCAAAGCAGUCCAUAAACACAGAACCUUUGUGAAAAAUCAGCCCCAACUCCCCGAAUAUGAUUUCAACACAAUUUCUCCAUAAUCUGUGUUCAUUUUAUUUCUCAAAAUAAAUAGUGGGAACCCUGGGACAGGCCAAUAAAGGCCAUAGGACACACCAAAAGGCAAUUUUAUCAUUUUUUUUAAAUGGGGGGAGCUGAAAGAAUGCCCUGAACUGGUCUCCUGUGAACACUCAAUGGAAAAUGUCUUUUAAAAGUGCCUUUUUGAAGGGGUGGCUGGGUGGCUCAGUGGAUUGAGAGCCAGGUCUAGAGAUGGGAGGUCCUGGGUUCAAAUAUGGCCUCAGACACUUCCCAGCUGGGUGACCCUGGGCAAGUCACUUAACCCUCAUUGCCUAGCCCUUACCACUCUUCAGCCUUAGAACCAAUAUACAGUAUUGAUUCAAAGAUGGGAGAUGAGGGUUUUCUAAAAAAAAAAUUAAGCCUUUUCACAAGUGAUGAACAAGGGGCGCUACAUCCCGGACUAAGGGGAUCUACUGUUUUAGGGGAUCCCGGAGCCCUCUCUUCCCACCCUAUCUGUCCCUCACCCGCCAGACGAGCUCAUGUCUGGUCACACUUGCUGACUGGCGUCAAUUUGGACCUGGGAUGCCCAUCUGAGUUCUUCCAAGUCCUCCUAACCCUGAGCAUAGUUGGAGCCCACCUGCGUUUGAAAGUUCUACCCUUGUGACCUUUAAACUAGAUCUCUCCAUUUUGCAAAGAGGGAAACUGAGGCUCAGGGAGGGGCUAAGGUUACUCGGGAAGGCACCACAGGAAGUAAUGGGGUUGACCUGCACUCAGACUUGGGUCUUUCCUCUCAGCUCAUUGGAAGUUGAGACUGUUACUCAGCCCUCUCCACCCCUCCCCCCUCCCCCAGCCCACUGUUGUCGCGGUCGCGCCUCUUCCGUUGGGCGGGUCCCUAUAAAAGGAGGAUCUCCAUCCGCCUACCGAGGCACACCCUGAGGGAGAGUGACGCAGUCAGAAGCUUCGUGGCCUCCUCAGUCCAGAGGACAGGCCCAACCGCCGGGGCUACUGCCUCGACGACCCUAGAGGUCAGGCCAGAGACAGGAGGAGGUGAGAGCCGGCGGUCCAGCCAACGGAUCCAGUCAGCCGAUCCAGCCAACUGAUCCUGUCAGCCGGUCCAACCGUCUGUCCAACCAGCCGGUCCAGCCGUCUGUCCAGUCGGCCGGCCCAGCCUCCUGUCCGCCAGCCGGUCGGUCGGGGAAACCGAAGCCGCCAGCCCUUGCAGCCCAAGGCGGUGACAGCGGGGGGUACCGUCCAGGGGAGCAGGCGCGCAGCGUGAAGGGAGGUGCCUUAGGCCCGAGUCAGUGCUUCAAUGGCUGACUCCCGUUUCGAGGGUGACAGGGAGGAGGAGUUCAGGGGAUUGCCCACUAUCCAAGAGGGGGAGCCCGUGCUGACCUUCAGGGGCCCCAAAAUGCGCCGGGGUGAGUGUGUCCUAGUGGACAGUGAGGAUAGGAAAGUCCGUUACCUGAUCCGCUACCAGAGGGCAGGCCUGGGCCCCAUGGGGGAGGAGAGGGUGGCUUUCGGGGAAGUGCCGGAGCCCGCGGAAGAAGGGGCCCAAGAGAUGGAGAUCGAGUCUGAGGGGGAGACAGGGCCCGGGCUUGAGGGGGGGCCCGAGAAAGAGGGCGGGGCGGGGGCUAAGGAGAGGGAGGAUGAGCCCCCACCCGAAGCCGAGGAAGAGGCUGAAGUGGAGCCCAUGAUCGAGGCGGUUCCCAGUAACCUGGAGGCGGGAGCCAGCCGCAGCCCCAGCCCAAAGCGCCGCCGUCGCAGCAGCCCCAGCCCCAGCCAGCGCCGCAGCCCCAGCCGGAGCCGCAGCAGCACCAGUAGCACCCUCAGCCUCCUGGAGGACGACGACGACGACGACGACGACGACGACGACGACAACGGCGAAGAGGGCGAGGACUUUGAGGAGCCCAUGAUGCCCAGCGAGGAGGAGUUCUCCACCGAGUCCUCCAACCUGGGAGCGGGCUAUGGCGGGGCUUCGGGCCCCGUCACCAGCCGCCAGUCAGGCACCCCUAGGUUCCAGCUCUCCCGUGAGCAGCUCUGCUCCAUUGUGGUCAUCGGGGGGUGGGAAUAUGAGUGGGUCCCCGAGAAUCGCCUGUUGCGCUAUUCUGCUGUCCAAGUGCAGCUGGACAGCGAUGCCGCCCUCCAGAUGGCUGCCAAGAGAGAGCAGCAAGAAGACUGCCCCGUCAGCUCCACAGGGGGCAGCACCUCCCUCGCCGCCACUGUCACCGGACCCCCAGCUUUUGGGCCUCCGCCUAGAACUAAUGUUCCCAGUGACGGACAUAGAGACUGACCCACCAUGUAGAACUGGUCCCUGGUUCCCUGUCCAGAUGAUCUUCACUUGUGUCUGAUGAAUUUUGCUUUCUGAUGGUUCCCUGCCUUUAAGCUCAGCCCUUAUUGCAGAUUGUUAAUGGGAAGGUGUCCUGUCUUUAGCUGAGUGGGGUGGCGGUGGGGCUUAUCUGGUACAGGGGCUGCCCCUCUGCUCCUUCUUGGGACGGGACCACGUAGGUUAUCUUCUCUCCAUGUCAUCUCUAUGCCCUGAUUACUGACCUGCUCUGCUAUUUGCCAGUCAAUCCAACAUGUCCACCUGCAAAUGACAAAAACCACACUUGUCUGUAGUGAGAGAUUCUAAGAAAGCUCCUUGUUCAGAACUGUUUAACUUGUUGAAAAUAUAUUGAUCUCGCAUGCAAAAA